AUGUAUUGUGUUGUGGAGACGCUCGAAGAUGAAGGGAAGUUCGUGACGGCAGUUCCCAAAAAUUGGGUCAUCGAUGGAACGAAGCUAUUAUGGCCAAAGUCCAAGAAAGAUUCCAUUUGCGGUCGGAAAAAUUGCAUCACAGCAUCGGAUGAUUGGCAAAGCAUAGCAUGCAAAUUAAUAUUUGAUGACAUCGGUUCCUGGGAGGAAGCAGUUCAGAAGGAAAAGGAUGCCGAGUAUUUGUCUUCUUCUGAAGAAAAUACGGAAGAAGUGACCAUCGACACCAAUUCUUCGGAAUACAUGACAGAUAUGAACAAAUUGAUGUCAACUUUGAUUCCUAAUUCUGGUAAGUUUAAAAUGUAUAAACAUGGGAACAAAGUUACUAAUUUUGUCAUACUUACUUCUCAUUUUCAAGACGUUUCCUCGUUCACCCCCCCAAAUGAAGAUGUUACCAUCACUAAUGUCAUUUCCGACUUAUACACGUUUGAAGGCCCCAGCACCAGUACCCAAUUCAAGGAACUGUCGUCCAAAAUAGACGAAAUUUUGGAAAGACAGCGUUCCACUGAGGUGAAGGUGCAGGCCAUGCAAGGAAUGCUGGAGGCAUUCAUGGCGAAGUCCGAAGUUUCGGUCAAUUUGUUGGCGUCCAAAAUUGCAAAAGAGAAUGCAGAGGAAGUGGAUGAGGAACUGCAACUGGAUGAAAUUUUCCCACUUACCUCUGUCCAACAAAUUGAGGAAAUCGAGGAAAAACUCCAUCAAAAUGCAGCAUUCAAAAAAAAAUUGGUCCGUAAGUUGAGCUCCUAUGGGGGGGCCAACGGAAUGAAAACGAUCCGCACUAUUUGCAAGUGCAUUUUUACGGAUCCACUACUGGCAGAACAUUCUUGGCUGGGGACUAAUGCCAAAAAAAGUUUCAGCCAAUACAAAUUCCUGUAUAAAACUAUAUUGGAAGCGGUCCGAUCAAGGUACCCCACUUAUAGUGAAGCUGAGGGUGCUUCAUUUUUUAAAGGCUUUUUGAAGCAAGCCCCAUUUCGAAUGGGAAAACCGUCCACAAAUACCAGUUCCAACACCAGCUCCUCUGCCUCUGACGGGCAAUCCACAACAUAAUUAAGUUAAGCUAUUUUUUAUUUUUAGUUUUAGUUUUACUUUUACUUUAAGUUUUAGUUUUAGUUUUACUUCAUUAAAUAAUGUUUCACUAAACUUAAAUUUCAGCGUUCUUAUUUCAAAUAUUAAAUUUUCAGCUGGGAAGAAUCUUAUGGUUUGCAGCAUGUUGGUAAGCAAACAUUUUAUAGGUUUUUUAAAAUCUGUAAAU